AUGGACGGGGAUGACGGGUUAUUGUUGAACUUUGCCGCUCCUCUGGCGAGCCAGGCGCCUGCCAAGGCACCCAAAGUGGUCGGGGGUAGAUGGCGGGACCGCCGCAAGAUGCAGUUGGCCCUUGAAGGGAGAGAGAUCACCCCUAAGACCCGCAGCGACGCCAACCUGGAGCCGGUGGCGCCGAGGAAACCGAGAUCAGAGUCAGGGUAUAAGGGUAAGAAUGCUGGAGGUAAGCCUCGGGAGCGGAAACCGAGGGCAGAACCGGGUACUGACCAUUUGGGACCGCGGUUAGGGGGACCGAAACUGAAGUAUACUGAAGGGCGUGGGUCCGACGGUAAGGGGAAUACUUAUGUGUCAUCGUUAUUCACCCAUUCUGAAGCAUCAAAAUUGGAGUUGAAGAAGAAUACGGUGAAGUAUGCCGCCACCAAUGCCCCCUUACUGGCCGAUUUCAAUGAUUUGGGGCUUAAUGAGCGGCUAGUCACCCAUUUGAACGACAAUUUGAGAUUUAAGCACCCCACCAGAGUACAGCAGCUUGUGGUACCGAGAAUGGUGGCGCUGCUGCAAGAUUUAUUCAUUAAGGCGCAGACGGGGUCGGGUAAGACUCUCUCGUUUGUGCUUCCUAUUUUACAUCUGUUGAUGGAGCUGGAACGCAAAAUCCACCGGGAACUGGGGGUGUUUGCCAUCAUCUUAACCCCGACACGGGAAUUGGCCCACCAGAUCUACCUGGUGUUGGAACUGCUCACUAAGGUGUGCCAUUAUAUUGUUCCCGGUAUCGUCAUUGGGGGUGAGAAGAAGAAAUCGGAAAAGGCUAGACUCCGAAAAGGGGUUAACAUUUUAGUUGGUACUCCCGGCAGACUCGCCGACCACAUCGACAACACCAAGCUGUUCCUGACCGCCGAGCUCCGCUGGUUGGUGCUUGAUGAAGGGGACAAGUUGAUGGAGCUUGGCUUCGAGGAGACGAUCAAGAAGAUCACCGAUAAGAUUGAAAACGAUAAGAACUUUGGCGACUGGCCCGGUUUGCCCACUGACCGUACAAACGUGUUGUGUUCGGCGACGAUUCAGGCUAAUGUGAAGAAGUUGGGCAAUAUUGUGUUGCACGACCCGGAAAUGGUUAGUGUUGAUGGUAAGCUGACGGUUGCUUUCAAUGAAGAGCUGCAGAGAGCUCCUGAUCAGUUAACUCAGGAAGUAGUGGUGGCUCCUGCCAAGUUGAGAUUGGUGACGUUGGCCGCUAAGUUAAGACUGCAAAUGUCCACUGGCGCUCGUGUCAUUGUGUUCUUGCUGUGUCUGGACCUGGUCGACUUCCAUUUCACGGUAUUCACUAAGGAUGGACACCGAGUAAAGCUUGCUAAGCCCACUAAGGAAGAUAGCACUGCCACCAUUGAUACUGACGGUCGUACGCUGCCGUUCUUGAACGAUGCUAAUGUAUUCAAACUCCAUGGGUCGCUUUCACAACCGGUGAGACUGCUGACUCUUUCGGCGUUCAUCAAGUGUAAGCUGCCGGCGGUGCUUUUCUGUACCGAUGUUGCUGCUCGUGGUUUAGAUAUCCCCAAUAUUACGCUGGUGGUGGAGUACGACCCUCCCUUCACCAUUGACGACCAUUUGCACCGGAUCGGUCGUUCAGCUCGUGUGGGUAACGACGGUCACGCCACGCUCUUCUUACUUCCCAUCGAAGAGACUUAUGUUGAUAAGCUUAAUACUGUCCACAAGGGGGUGGAUGUGGUUGAUUAUAAGGCGAUUCUCACUGAGUUUGGCGAAGGUGCUAAGAAGACGGAAUGGGACACUCACGCCACUACUUGGCACUUAAACGUGGAACGAUGGUUACUCGAAGAUGAAGGGGCUAAGGAGCAAGCGAUCAAGGCGUUUACCUCGCACAUCCGGGCGUACACCACCCACUUGAACCUGGAAAAGAAUUACUUCAACGUCAAGAGUCUCCAUUUGGGGCACUUGGCGAAAUCCUUUGGGCUUCGGGAGACCCCUAAGAAGCUUGGGGGAACUGCGGGUACUACGCCUGCCACUAAGCGUAAAGCUCCUAAGGAAGACUCACGGACGAAGAUGUUGCGUAUGGCGAAGAUGGCGGUGCGGGACUCGACCAGCGACUUUAAUUACUAG